UUUCAGAAAUAAUAAAAAUAAUUCGCUAUGGAUAAUAUGCUACCGUCCCCAGCUCUGGAUGAUAUUGAUAUUGGUACUCCUCAUCAUGCAAUGGAGGAGGAUCAAAUGAUUGCCCCCUCGGCCCAGGAGCAGCAGCAGCAGAAUAGAGGGGGCAAUCUUUACAGUUUUGGGUUCACUCCUCAAAAUAUGCUAUCAACGGGGCACCACACGCCCCAGAAUUUACUGGCGAACACACCCCAGGCCCUUCUGUCUACUGGGGCCACCCCUAUGUCCGGGCGGGGGAUGGAGGCCGCCCUUUCCGGCCAGAUAGCCCCUGUCUACGCCCCUGUGGCCAGUCCUGCUCCACCCUCCCCUGCAAUGGGGCCCCUGUCCAAUAUAAUGUCGAUGUCUACACCUGCAGCCAACGAUAUCAUCCCACAACUUCAGAAUAUUGUCUCAACCGUGAAUAUGGGAAGUAAGCUGGAUUUGAAGAAGAUUGCACUGCAUGCACGUAACGCUGAGUACAAUCCUAAACGUUUUGCUGCAGUUAUUAUGCGCAUCAGAGAUCCAAGAACAACGGCGCUAAUUUUUAGCUCAGGUAAGAUGGUGUGUACUGGAGCUAAGUCUGAAGAAGAAUCUCGGCUAGCCGCCAGGAAAUACGCAAGAAUUAUCCAGAAACUGGGAUUUCCAACCAAAUUCAAGGAUUUCAAAAUUCAGAACAUG